GCGGUUACAGAAAACCAAACAAAACUGCCCAUCAAAAGUCCAAACCCAAAAAGAAAGAAGAAAACCUUAUGGAAGUGGAAAGAAUUCAGGCGUUGGCCUCGGUCGGCCUCGACACGCUCCCAGCCCAGUUUGUCCGCCCCUCCCACGAGCAGCCAGAGAACAGCCCGGCCGUGGAGGGCGUCUUCGUGCCGGUGAUCUCGCUAUCCCAGCCCCACCACGCUCUCAUCCGGGAAAUCCACGAGGCAUGCCGCGACUGGGGAUUCUUCCUUGUGACCGAUCACGGGAUACCGCUGGAGCUGACCGGGCAGCUGCAGGAGGUGGGCCGUGAGUUCUUCAGGCUCCCGCAGGAGGAGAAGGAGAAGUACGCGAACGAUCCGUCCAGAAAGAAUUUCGAAGGGUACGGGACGAAGAUGACCAAGAACCCUGACGAAAAGGUUGAGUGGGUGGAUUACUUUUUCCACUUCAUGCAUCCAUCUGGCAAGGUCAGGCAUGAAAUUUGGCCUCGACACCCGCCUUCUUACAGGGAAGUCACCGAAGAAUACAACAAGGAGAUACUGAAAGUGACAGAGGUGCUGCUGGAGCUAAUCUCCGAGGGCCUAGGACUGGAGAAAAAUGUCUUGAAAGCAAGUUUGGGAGGUGACCAGAUGGAGCUAGAGAUGAAAAUAAACCUGUACCCACCCUGCCCACAACCUCAGCUGGCCCUCGGCGUCGAGCCUCACACCGACAUGUCGGCACUCACCAUACUGGUCCCGAACGAUGUCCCGGGUCUCCAAGUUUGGAAAGACGGCAAUUGGUUCGCCGCAGAUUACUUGCCCAAUGCUCUUUUCUGCCACAUCGGCGAUCAAAUUGAGGUUCUAAGCAACGGAAAGUACAAAAGUGUACUUCAUAGGAGUUUGGUGAACAAGGAAAAGACUCGAAUGUCAUGGGCAGUGUUUUGUGUACCCCCGCAAGAGGCACUGAUCGGGCCUCUCCCGGAGCUCAUCAACGAUCAGAACCCGGCGAAGUACUCCACCAAAAUGUAUGCCGAGUUUCGACACCGCAAAUUAAACAAGCUCCCGCAGUAGUUUUCUACUUCAGGAUCCACGAUUGUGAUGUCGCAACUUACAUUUCCUCUAUUAUUGCAACGCGAACUCGUUUCUAUGUUGCUAACAAAGUGUGCCUUCGUUAUCUUGGAAGUAAGCUCUGCGCAGUUGCGUGUUCAAGGAAUUUCCUCGUAAUUUUCAGUUUCGACA